AGCUCAUACCGUAGGUCCAGUACGAGACGUUUGUGACGGAGCGCACGCGCGAGGAGGCAGCAAGCAAGAGGAGAGGAAGGAGGGGCGCGGCGUGGCGUAACCAGCUGGGGCAGGUGCGACUCCACUUUUUGCCAGGGGGCAAUUUUCAAGCUCCGCGCAGGUUAGGCUUGGGCGGGGCGAGGAGAAGAGAGGGGAGAGAAGGCCGUUCUUCUUUCCGAAGCUGACGGCCGAAGAGAACCAACAGCGAAAGAGAGAGGCGGCGGCGAACCGAAGCGAACCGGCGGGGGCACCAGGCGCGCAUUUCGUCCCAUCUCCAGAUUCCCCCUGCCGCAUCUCCUGCGCGGCUGCCUUCUAGGAAUGUGCUGAUCUUCUCGCCUGCGAAAGCGCACAUGGAGCUCCCGGAGCCGCUGUGGGUGAACCGGAGCUGUGCCGGCGGCUCCCUGAUCACUCUGGCUUGUCUGAAUCAUCAUGCUGUUUGUCAAAUCAUUAAGAAUGUCAGUUCUCCAGUUUCACCCCAUACGAAUCUUAAUUUAAGCUCCAACUGGAUGGUACAAGUUGAAGAAAAAUAUGGGUUUUACAUUGGCUUGGCCUUGGCCAUCUUUUCAAGCUUUCUCAUUGGCACCAGUGUCAUCCUCAAGAAGAAAGGACUGCGUCGACUGGUGGAGAAAGGAGGCACCAGGGCUGGAGAUGGAGGUCACGGCUAUCUAAGGGACUGGCUAUGGUGGGCUGGUUUGGUAACCAUGGGUGGAGGAGAGGCUGCCAACUUUGCCGCAUAUGCCUUUGCAGCUGCAACAAUUGUUACACCACUCGGAGCACUUAGUGUGCUUAUAAGUGCCAUUUUGUCCUCUUAUUUGCUUGGAGAACGGCUGAACUUACUGGGCAAACUUGGCUGCAUGCUGAGCAUUGUGGGUAGUACUGUUCUUGUGAUACAUGCUCCUGAAGAAGAGGAAAUAACCACUUUGGGAGAAUUGUUUUCAAAACUGAAGGAACCAGGUUUUCUUGUUUAUGCCAGUAUCCUCUUGAUUAUCAGCUUAGUCCUGAUUUGUUUCCUAGCACCACGUUAUGGCAGGACCAAUAUUCUCAUCUACCUCUCCAUCUGUUCUGUGAUUGGGGCUUUCUCCGUCUCAUCUGUCAAAGGGCUGGGCAUUGCCAUCAAGAGUUUUUUCACUCACCAGACUGUUCUACAAAACCCAUUGACCUGGAUUCUUGUCUUCACGUUAGUGGCUUCUAUUACUACUCAGAUCAACUACCUCAAUAAAGCUCUGGACAUCUUCAAUACCUCUAUGGUAUUUCCCAUUUACUAUGUGCUCUUCACCACUAUUGUCAUCACAACUUCAGUUAUCCUCUUUAAGGAGUGGGUCACUAUGUCUGUACUAGACAUUAUCGGGACGGUAUGUGGAUUUCUUACCAUUAUUCUAGGAGUGUUUUUACUCCAUGCUUUCAAGGAUAUGGAUGUCAGUUUGAAGAAUCUGCCACAAACAAUCCAGACUUCUAAAGAACCGCAAGCAAUUAAGGAUGACAAGAACACUUUAAUAGAAUUGGAUAAUCCAGACACCAAGGAUCAUAACAAAUCCAAAGUAUUUAUGAUCUUCAGUUGAAACCUAAUUUAAUAUUUCUAUUUCUUUGAGUAUUUGGGCCAAACAGCAUAAAAACAUGCAUGCAUCUGGAAGAAUUUAAAUGAAGCAUCACCACAUGUGCCUUUGGAAAAUAGCAACCACCUUCAACACAGCUUGCUACCUCCACAUUUCUGCAUAGUGAUUCUCUUCUUUUCAUCCUUGGCAAUGGCACUGUAUUUUGCACACUCUAGAAUCAAUAGCAGUGGUGAUUGUAUUUGCAUCAAACAUGGGCAUAUUCCCUGUGCAUUUGGAAGAAAUAUUCUACUGUCAAGUGGCAUUGUUUCUUCCAGAUCAUUUUCACUUUUCUCCUAUCUUCACAAGGAAAAGCUAUAUUCACUGUUUGAAGUGUGUGAAGAGUUUGAAGCUUCAAAAGAAAGCAUGUGUAUUUUUUUCCAGCUAGGAAUACCCAAGUCGUUUUUGAAAAUAUGGUAAAAUAAAUAGCUACAUUUCCCUCCAGAUUGUAAUGUUGUCCAAGACAUUCAGCACCUUCAGUCAUGUCCUUAUUCUUAAAUGAAUGGUGCAGUCUCAAAAAAAAAAAAAAAAAAAAAAAUGCCC